AAGGAAUCAAAAUUAUCAUAUUGGAGAAAAUGAUGUUGAGCAAAGUAGUUCUUCUUGCACUUCUGUUAUCUCUUUCAUGUUUGUGGGUAGCUAAAGCAUCGGAACAAAGAACGAGAGUUAGUGAAGUAGUGAGAGAGGCCGAAAUACACGAUGGAGGGCAAUGCACCGACGACGACAUUUGCAACAAGAAUUGUCUGGAUUGUAUUGCUAGACAAUGUAUCUUCCAACAAUGUGUUUGCUCUAAGCGUUUCUUCCCUCCUAAUUCACAACCAAAUUUACGUGUUAAAAAACAUUAAUGUAGCUCUCUUUUCUAAUUAUGUUAUCCAAACGUGUGACGGGAACAAUAAAACAUGAAUUAUUC